CAGAUCAAGUUUCUUUCAUUCAAGAAAAAUAUUGCAAUAUAAUUAUUCAACAACUCUAAAAGAUUCUUUUAACUUUUCACUUUGUUCACAAUGCAAUAAUGAGCUAUCAAAAUUGAAGUCAGCUAAAAAAAAAUUAUUUAGCAACUCUAAUUCAGUAAAGAAUAAAAUUGAUGCUUCUAAAUCACGCAUAUCUAAAAAAAUCAAAUUAGAUCUAGAAAUAUGUGAUCUUACUUCAGAAAAUGAAAGUGUUCAAAAUUCGUUAGAUUUUUCUGAAUCUAAUGAUGAUAGUGAAGAGGACACAUACUAUACGAAAGGA